UACUUUUAUGAACAAAUAAUAAUUUUGAUGAUGAGUCACGUGAUCCUCGAUUGCUCAAUAUAUUGAAUUUGUUUUGAAAUUCAAUGAUAAUUGUUGACCAAAAUGACGGACAAAGUAACUGAUACAAUACAUCAACAACGAAUCGAUCAUGCGGUUCAAAAAAUGACCGAUGAUGUUCGUAAACGAAUUCGUUUAGCUGAUGAAACUAAUGAACAACGUCAAACAACAACAACAACAUCAUUGUCAUCAUCAUCAUCCACGCUGUCUAGCCAUAAUACUCGAAAAAGUUAUCAUUGUAAUUCUAUUAUGAAUCAUCCGAUUGUCCAUCCAACAACAUUAACAAAUGCUAAUAUAAAUUUAGGUGUGUUUAGCCAAAUAAUACUUCCAUUAUUAAAUGACAACGAUAAAGCGAUUGAAUUUUUAAAAAAUAAAAAUAAAAUUCGUGUCGGCAAUGAUUAUCAAGCAGAAAUUGAUUCAUCCAUUAUCGAUGAUAAUAAAAAUAAUGUCGAUCGUAAAUCGAUAUUAUUAUGGAAACCACAAUCGAAUAUUGGUGAUGAUGAACUUCGAGAAUUUAUUGAUCUAGCUAAAGAAGUGGCCAAUAUGAAUGAAGAACAAUCAUUAGGAUUUUUAACUGCAUUAGAUUUUCAUCUAAAAGAAUGUAUACAAAUAUUAAGCCAAUUAUCAUUUGCACCACAACCAAUGGAUUAUGCUGAACGUGCACAUAUUGAACGUUUUAUUUUUACUGAACAUAAAUUAGAUAUGAUCAAAGUUAUGAUCAAUGAUGAUGAUAUUGUAAAUAAAUUAUUCUAUAUGUAUUAUACAAAACAAAAUCGUCCACCAAGUGUUUCCGAAGUAUUAAUGAUUAAUCGUGAAGAAGAUACAACUAUAUUUGAUUUAAUCAAUGAACAAAUUGAAUGUAAUCAAGAUGAUAAUGGUUGUUUAGAUUUGGCAACAAUUAUUGAUAAAUGUUAUCAACAGGAAUCAAAUCCUCGAUUCGAUGUAACAAGAUUAGAAUGUUUUCAAGAACGUCGUGAACAGAUUAAUGAAUUACGACGACAAACACAACAAUUACAACAACAGAAUCUAUUUGAAACAUGUAAAUUACGUGAAAAUAGUAUGGAUUAUUUAAAAUUUUUACAUUUUCUUAAAAAGUGUAAAAGUAAUCCUAAAUGGAAUAUUUAUGAAGUAAUAAUUUUUUUAGCCAUUAUGGAUUAUAUUCGACCUAAAUUUGAUGCAUUUAUAUUUGCAAAAAUAUUGCAAACAAAAUCACCUGAACAAUGUCAACAAUUUUAUCAAAAACAUUUUGCUUUUCUAAAACAGGCAUCAUCUAUUAUCGUACCAAAUGAUCGUAUUGAAGCAAUACGAAUGUAUAUGAGAUUACCGGAAUUUCCAACAAAAUCAUUACAACAAAAUAUAUCAAAAACAUCAUCAUUGUUAAAAAGUAAUAAAAGAUAAUAACAUGACCAAGUUGUUAAUGACAAUAAUCAUUUUUUUUUGUUUUUGACAACAACAACAACAUUCCUCAGAUCUAAUGUAAUGUUUUUGAUGUGAAAAAAAGCUAAAGACAACAGAUUGACCACUUGACACUCAACAACAACAACAACAAAAUAAGAAUUGAUAAAAAAAAAAUUUGUCAUCAUCAAUAAUGAUGAUGAUGAUUAUCAUCAAAUAAAAUAAAAAAGAUGAAAUAGAAAAU